CACCAGGGUCAGUCUUGGCUACGUGUGUCAAGAUGUCACGCUAACGUUCGUCGUCAAUUGCUGCUUCUGUUGGAAGCACGAUGGUUUGUGGAGGUUUUCCCCGAAAAAUGCGUUUGCUUCGUUGGGUGCAGCUCUUCUUCGCCAGCAGCUUUUGGCAGUUGCAGCUGGUUUGGAGGAGCGAAGACAACGUGCACGCCCAACUUGUGCCGCACAUCAUUCACUUCGAGGAUCGACCCGAUCUGAACACCACGAACGCGCUUUCCCGCUUGAGGUGGUUCGUGCGGCACCGCCGGCCGCAAGCGCUGCAGUGCGACCCGCUGAAUGCCGAACUGCGCAACGACAUCUUGACCAAGUACGGCACGACGUACCAGAAUGCCUUGGGUGGGGGACCGAACGAAAACGGGCCGAUUUCGCCGUACGGUGUGUACCUCGCCGAAAUGCAGCGCUACUUUGACAGCAGUCAUUUUUCUCAAAAGCUCUCCGUGCUGCAGAACUUUUUCCUCGUGAACAGUGCGCACUUUGAGAAGUUUUGCCGCCCGAUCGCUUUUUUGAGCCAGGUGUUCAAAGUGAUUGGGUUGUCCCAGUACUAUCACAUCCAAACGAAAGCCGCCCUGGAACUGAUGGACGCGGAAACGUGGUACCGGGUGCAGCAAACCUUCAAUACCAUCGCGGAACUCUUCAUGGAAACAGAGCCAGAGCAGGCUUUCUUCCACGAGAUGUCGGCCGUGGCAGCCGAGGAUGACCCGUCGAGAACCGAUCUGCUUCGCCUUCCGCGCCAGCUUGCGUACACACUGCACCCAAGCAGCAUGGCGGGGAUGCGUCGGAUGUUUCUGGUGCUCUCGGAGUCGCCCUACCUCGAAGUGAAGAACAUCCUUCCGCCGCUGAUGCUUCAGGCCUAUGGUAGGUACAUAACGGGUCAUUGUUUCUGCUUCUACUUUUGCACUUAGAAAGGGGGCUAUGAACAAAAUCAUAGAAAAAGAACUUUGUAUGCUGCUCUUAAGAAUUGCUAUUGCACUGGGGAGAAGACCAUGGCACUUUGUGGGCUACUUCCUUCCGCCGCAACAAGUCCAUCUUCUCCAAAACAUGAAACUCCACAAGGUUCAUUGAGAUCCGGCAGAAUUUGAUGCGAAUUUUCACGGUGCACCACCCGCAGUGGGUGUACCACGUGUUGCCGCUGGACAACAUGCAGCUGACGAUCCAGAAUAAGGCGAUUGCUGGCGACGAGUGCAUGGAUCGCACGAGCACGAUGUUCGAUUACGAGAAGGAACAAAGCGUCAACUUCUACCGGCUCUUCCGCGACGGAGUGGCGGAACUUCUCGGAAAAGUCGCCGACGUGGAUGAGAUGGACGCUACCGUCGCCCGCGCCAUGCGCCUGAAGUCGCAAAGCGAGUACGAGCGCAUCGAGCGCGAGGCCACUGGAGAGCUGCCAAAGGAAAAUAACAAGGCGGACGCGAUGAAUACAGAUGCGGCGAGCGUGGAGAGCCGGGUGCUCGGCGGGGGAGAAGAUGGAACAAAUGGGCAAAAGGACGUCGCUGAUUCAGAUCGCGACGGAGAAUCCGCAAGUUCUGCUGGUGCCGCGAAGAAGCCGGACAUCAAUCGCAUGACGCAUUACCUGCUGAUGACUGACCCGAACUUCACUUUUAACGCGUGCACGCCCGCCGUGAUGCUGGCGCUUCUCGUUUACAUCAAUAAGCUAUUUGAAGAGGCGAUCCAGGCCAUGCUGCGCAACGAGCCGCUCGCGGCGUGGAGCCACUUCUUGAAGUAUUCCCACCACUUGAUCAAUCGGGUCUACCUCCCCGCGCGCAACAAGUACGCCAUCCCCAACUGGCACACCUGGAUCGCGGGCGGGCGGAAUAUCGACUGGAUCGGGCUGAUCCGUGUUGCCGAGAACCGCAUGAUGUCGAAGAAGGAAAUCCUGUACGGACAGAAGAUCAACCGCGUAGAGGAGCGCGCGGACGUCUGCAGUGCGGAAGACGCGUGCAAUAUGCAAGAAAAAAACUGCGUAAGUGUAAAUCUGUGAUGCAGAAAAUGCAAAACAGUUACACUUGUCAUGCUCGACAUGCAUGAUCAGCGCGCUUCCCAUGUGUUUUCCCUUUGUAUCUGCGCAUAACAAGUUUGUCCUGUCAUGGCAGACAAACUUGUGAUGCUGUUUUCCCGAAAGACUUACACUAACACAGUUUUUUUCUUGGAUAUGCAAAACGGACAUCGUGCCCGAGGAGUACGACCAACAGAUGGAAAAAGUUUUCCACAUCAUCGUGGACGAGCUCGAGCGGCUCGGGUUGGAGUUCUGGCCAGCCGGCGGCACCAUGAUCGGCGCGUUACGCUGGGGGAAGAUCGCCGGCCGCCUGACGGACGCGGCGGGAGGGGUGAACAGUCGUGAUACUGCGGAAGCAGCAAAUAACGAACGGUGGGACGUGAUCGACGACGACCUGGAGUUCAUGAUCGGCCUGCACAGCGAGGACGCCUGGCUGGACGUGUCCGCGGAACUGAGCCAGGUGCUGACUGCGCAGAAGGGGGCGGGGAUGUGCCACCAGACCUUUUCGCUCCACACGAAUAACAACUUUUGGAGCAACUACGUGCGGCAGGAUCUGCUCGCCUGCGGCUGGUACAAGCCCUACGCGAUCGGCGUGGAGCUCCGGUCCUACGUCAUCGAGCGGCGGCUCAACUUUGCGUACCUGUUCAAGAUGGGCGGCAGCGGUUACGCGCCGUGGUGCGACGCGGACCAGUAUGCGGCGAAAAAGGAGUACCAGAACUGGAUGCACAAGGACGCGAAGCAGCGGCGACUUUCCGCGUCGCGGUCGGAACUCGCCGCGGCUCACCACGAGGUGUUGCACGGUACCGCGUUGGAGGAGGGCAAGGAAGUGCCGGAGCGGACGGACGGAGAGAAGGAGGAGGUGAAAACCAAGUACGCAAAGAUGCAGGAGGACGUCGAGGUGGAAGCGAGGCAGAAGGUAGUUCAAGCGGAAAUUGAGGCGCGACACGGGCGAGGGGUGAAGAUCUUUGGGUUCAACCCCUGGGCGCUGCGCCGCGGAACGGGCGGGAUCACGAGAGUCGUCGAGAAGCUGAAGUCGAGCCGGUUUGUGUUCCAAAAAAGCCGCCGGAAGAGAAUUCGACUUUCAUCUCUUGCAGAAUAUCAAGCUACUAGCAGCGAAAUUGCAACUUCGAGUGCUGGUGCUGGGAGUUCGAAAGGUUCGACGGCACGCGUGUCUCCCCCCGUCAACCCGCUGUGCUAUCUGGGGAAAAUGCCGGUGUUUCAGGCGUGGGAGGGGUUUCUGCCGUUGGAGGAGUACCUGUAUCCGUUGAAAAAGUGCACUCUGUUCGACCGCACCAUUUCCUGCCCAAACCACGCCAUCGACAUACUGAAAAAGUUCAACGCAAACGAGUACCAGAAUCCCGGUUUCUGUCUCGCACUGCCGUAUCUGGCGGGCCGCAACCUGCACCGCGACAAACGCAUGAAAAACCUGGAAUUCGAUGCUUUCAAUGAACAGGACUACGAGCGGGUCUACCAGAAGAGUUUGGAGCUGCAGAGCGAGGGCUUCACGUCUUUUGCGGAGCUUUUUCGAGAUUUGAGGAUAGAGGGUGGCAGUCAAGACGUGGAGCAGGUUGGCGAGAAAAGAAAAGAGCUGCUGUGCGAUGGAAAUUCCUUUAAAGACUUGCAGCAGCGAGCGGUAGAUCAUUUAAGGAUGUGUCCGCCAGUGCGCGCACAGCACGGUAUGGAAGACUACGAGGACGACUUCCAUUUCUGAAAAUCAAACAAAAACAAGAAGAAGUACCCGCCAGCUUUUGGAACAAGCUGCACUUGUGCUGGCCUGUUGUCGUGAU